AUAUAUAGAAAGUUGUAAAGAUGAGAGGUUGUUCACUACUACUUUCCAAAGCAGAAUUUUCAUAGGGAAGCUAUAGUCUCUCUGUUAAGUUGAGAAAAGUCAUGAAAGAGAACGACGUGUGGUGAUAAAGAGAAAGUUUUGCAAGAUUAGUAAUACGGUAAUGUCAUUGGUGACGAAGCCGGGAGAUAAUUCCAACAUGAAGUCACUAACCAUGAUGUAUCCAAAGUCGACAAAUGGCAGCUUAAGGUUUCACCAUGAUAUUCAUAUAUGCCAUCUGGAUUUUAGUAAAUAGCAGGACGGCUAAGUAACAAUCAAAAGCUAACACAACCAUGACUUAAAACUGGUUUUUUCUUUACUUUUGCUAAACAAUCAGGAGCAAGAAAAGCUUUAAAAACUCAGUAUUUUUUUUUUGGUCAAGACCUUUAAAAACUCAGUAGAGAAAGAGAAAGAGAAAGAGAAAGAGAUAGAGAUAGAGAUAAGAUAGGCAAAGAGAAAACAAUACCAAAAAAAAUGACUAGUUUGGGAGGCCUAAUAGUCAUUCUUUCUAGCUUUCUGUGUCUGCUCCUUGUCUUAGCUUUCAUCAAGAUCCUUCACAAACUAUGGUGGACUCCGAUUCGCAUACAGAAGCUGAUGGCUUUGCAGGGGAUCAAAGGCCCUUCUUACAGAUUCAUCCAUGGAAACACCAAAGAAAUCUCCAACAUGAAAAAGGAAGUCAUGGGCAGGCCCCAACUUUUAUCACACGACAUACUUUCUGUAGUUCAACCUCACAUUCACUCGUGGACCAAGAUUUAUGGGAAGAAUUAUCUUCAAUGGCAUGGUUGUCGGGCUCAGUUGGUCAUUACAGAACCUGAGUUGUGCAAAGAGAUACUGAAUAACAAAGACAGAGCUUAUCAGAAAAGAGAGCCCACAAACAUUGCAAAGAAGCUAUUGGGAGAUGGACUUGUGGUGACAACCGAAGCUGAAAAAUGGGCAAAACUGCGAAAGCUGGCCACCCAUGCCUUCCAUGGAGAGAGUUUAAAAAGCAUGAUUCCAGAGAUGGUAGCUAGUGCCGAAUCGAUGCUAGAAAGGUGGACAGUUUAUGAAGGAAAAGAGAUUGAGGUGUAUGAAGAGUUUAGAUUGUUCACAUCGGAAGUGAUUUCCAGAACAGCAUUUGGCAGCAGCUAUGUAGAGGGACAAGACAUUUUUGAGAUAUUGAUGAAGUUAGGCUUCCUAAUAUUUAAAAAUUUUCUCAAAGUCAGGGUUCCUGGAAUCAGCAAGUUUUUCAAAACCAGCGAUGAGAUUGAAUCAGAAAAACUUGAGAAAGGAAUUCAUGCCUCCAUAAUAGAGAUGGUUAAGAAAAGAGAAAAGAAGACAAUGGCUGGAGAAAAGGACAGCUUUGGGAGUGAUUUUCUCGGAUUACUUUUGAAGGCUAAUCAUGAAGCCAAUGAGAACCAGAGGAUUUCGGUGCAGGAGAUAAUUGAUGAGUGCAAGACGUUUUACUUUGCCGGACAAGAAACCACUAAUACUUUGCUUGCUUGGACUGUCUUUCUUCUGGCACUCCAUACGGAUUGGCAAGAGGAAGCAAGAAAGGAGGUGCUACAAUUAUUUGGCAAACAAACUCCAAAUCUUGAUGGCAUUGGCAAACUGAAAACAAUGAGUAUGAUCAUCAAUGAGGCUCUAAGGUUAUACCCCCCUGCUGUUUCGGUUAUAAGGAACGUCGAAAGGGAAGUAAGACUAGGAAAGCUGAUUGUUCCUAGUAAUCUUGAUGUGGUUGUCUCAAUCGUAGCAGUCCACCAUGAUCCUCAAAUUUGGGGACAAGACGUGCAACUUUUCAAACCAGAGAGAUUCUCAGAAGGAGUUGCUAAAGCAACUAACAACAACAUAGGCGCAUUCUUACCCUUUUCAAUGGGACCUCGAACUUGCGUGGGCUUGAACUUUGCAAUCACUGAAGCAAAGAUUGCUCUGUCAAUGAUUCUACAACGCUAUGCCUUCACCCUUUCCCCGGGUUAUGUCCACUUGCCCUUACAUUAUCUUACAGUUCGGCCACAACAUGGAGUUCAGGUAAUGCUGCAUUCACUUUGAAGUUGAACUGCCCAAGUAGACAUAAGUCCAUGUUGUGCCUUGCACUUUGAGACAAGACAAGAGCUUAUUUGUCAACUGUCCUUUCAACUCUAAUUAAGAAGAAAAGGAUGUUAUUGAAGUCAAUGCAUUUCCCAACAACAAUUGUACAAUAAACAAAGCUUGAACUUCAUGGAAGCAUGAAUUUGAUUGAAAAGGAUGGUUUCUCAAGACAUUGAAAUUUAAUGAGAAUAAUUGAAAGCUGUGAUAGCCUAUGUUAACCUUCUUA